UUCUCUCUCAAGGGUUAUUCUCUCAUUUUUCUUCCUCUCUAAUCCUCUCUCUAAGGUAAGUCCUCUCAGUUCCUAGCUGUGUAUUUUGUGAAGUUUGAGAACCGGUGAUCUUGUUUCCGGUGACGCGGAGACUGAUUAUAUCUCCUUCGUCCCUUUGUUUGAUUGAUUUUGUGAGUGGUGUGUUCUUGUCAACUGUAAGUCAAAUAAAUCUAGGGUUUGUCAUCAAAAGUAGAUCGAUAGUUGCGAGAGGAUAGGAGCUAGUGAGUUGUUUGGUCGCAUCUUUGGGUGUCGGCUCUUGUCAUCUAUUGUUUGAAUCGUUUUUAAGUGGAUGUACUAGGGGCAAAGCCACUAUAAAAUUUGUUAACUUUAAGUGAUUUUGAUUUUUCAUAAAAACUUACUUUAUACUAUCUUUCAUUACAUUUUUUUAUUUGAUUUCUUGAGGUUUUCAUUGUUAAAAUCUAUUUUCAGGUCAUAUUGUAAUUACAAUAACUUUUCAGUCUUGGAAGGUUUUAGUUUGCAGAUUGAACUAUGGCAAGCAUAAAGAAAUAAAAUCUUAUCUCUAGAAAGGAUUCCGAGGCAAUGACGCCGGCUGCAUACUCCAACCCAACAACUGUGGUUGGGUGGACCUGCCAACAUGCUAGGAAACUUAGGCUCAACCCCUUAGGUUCAACCAAUUUCAAAAGAUUCAAACAACAUAUUCUCAAUUUCAACGGUGGAGAGAAUAUUCUAAGAAAAAUUAGGGAUGCUACGACAACAGAACCUGGGAUUGUUUAUGUGAAAGAAACCAGUUGGACCUUAUCAUGGGCCACAAUAUGCCUUCUUGUGCAAUAUUGCAAACCCACAAUGUACAAGGGUCUAUUUGAAAUUGUUUCAAUAGUCGGUACAUUUGUUCCGUUUAAAGAUGGAACUGUAAGUGACAAAAAGGGAAGGAUGAAUACAACAUUACUUUGUCCUGAUGGAAAUCUAUUCAGUGGUAGAGUAGAAGAUCCUGUGAAUACGGCAACUUCUGGACAGAUUAGUUUCGAAGUCGAAGGUUUAAUUUUCUUGUUGAACGAUGGCGCGCACAAAGACAACUCACAGAGAGAGGACUGUGGCGCCAGCCAGGAACCUCAGGCCCACACCCUCAGGAUCUAUCGAAGAGCAUAUCCUCACCGUCAACAAAGGGGAGGAUAUAUUCAGAAAAAUAAUGGAAGUUGCGACGAUAGAACCAGGGGUUGUGUUCGUGAAUGCAACCGGUGGGAUCUUGUCGCUCGCCACAAUCUGCCAUUAUGGGCAAGAAUGGGAACACUCAAUAUAUGAGGGUCAGUUAGAACUUGUUUCAAUGGUUGGUACAUUUGCUCCAUUUAAGGAUGGGGUUCUAAGUGGCAAAAAGGGUAGGAUGAAUAUCACGUUACUUUGUCCUGAUGGGGAG